CUCGGGAGGAUUUUUUAAAAGUGAAAAAACUACUGGUCAAACAACUAUGAGUGACUCUGUUUUAUUGAACAAAUGCGAGGUCGAACGUUUGCUCAGUUACGACGAACUAAUCCCCAGACUUGAGUCUGUCAUGGGAAAGUUUUCUAAAAGGGACAGUUCAGAAAUAAUCCAGCCUGUGAGAUCUGUGGUCCCUAUACAGCCAUACAAUGGGUUUUUGGGUGUGAUGCCUUCAUAUGUGGCCGCUGAUGGUAUUCUAUGCACUAAGAUGGUAACUUUCUACCAGCGUGCAGAGGGCUCCAGUUUACCUUCAACUCAAGCCACCGUCUUACUUUUUCACCCCGAGCGAGGACACAUCACUGCGAUCAUGGAUGGGGAAGCCAUCACAGCCAAACGAACUGCAGCAGUGUCGGCCAUAUCAGCUAAACUGUUAAUGCCAGCUCUUUCUGAGGUGUUGUGCAUUCUUGGUUCAGGACAACAGGCUAAAAGCCAUUAUGAUGUCUUUACAAACGUCUUCAAGUUUAAAGAGGUCCGCAUUUGGAGUAGAAGGAGAGAAAUGGCUCAACAGUUUGUUAAUGAUCUCCAAGGCCCUGUUAGAGUUUGUUCUUCAGUGAAGGAGGCUGUGAUGGGAGCUGAUGUAAUAGUCACGGCCACAGGUGCAAGUCAACCCAUACUCUUCGGAGAGUGGGUCAAACCAGGUGCCCACAUAGCAGCGGUCGGCGCGUGUCGGCCAGACUGGAGGGAACUGGAUGACGUGUUGAUGAGAGAAGCGGUGGUCUAUGUUGACAGCAGAGAGGGGGCGACGGCGGAGUCAGGAGACAUCAUUCUGUCUGGAGCACACAUUUUCGCAGAACUUGGAGAAGUUAUAAAUGGAUCCUUUCCUGCUCAGCGUGAGAAGACUACAGUGUUCAAGUCACUGGGAAUGGGGAUCCAAGACGCUGUCUCAGCCAAACUUGUGUUGGAGAAGUUGAAGAGCGAACACUGAAGAACCGAAGGCACAACUUCCUCUGAUCGUACAACUUUCCGCUGUGGAUUCAAUGAUUACAAGAGCAUAAACUGCACUUACUGUUGUACACUAUAAAGAGAUUAAUGUGUAAUCGAGUUUUAGUCCAAGAAUAAAAAAAAGUUAGUUUAUUCCAGUCAUUUAACCUGACCUCAGGACAGUGUAAGUGCUAAAAACACAGAGUUUAGCACUAAGAUGUGAUUAGUCUGCGACUAGCCUUGGUCUCUGAAGGUAAGAGCAUCAAACUGAGCUGAGAAAGCGGGCCAGUAGACAGCUUUGUUUAUUACUCUUGCAAACUACUCCAAGUCAAACUUUGUGACUUUAUUUUUAAAGACAUGAAUUAAAAAAAAAAAAAAACAUCUGUGUUAAUGAUUCAAGUAUAGCCUGGGAUUAACUUUAAAUAAACCCAGAACUGAAA